GGGUGUUUUUUGAUAGUUCAGUUAUGUACAUUCAGUCUGCAUAGGUUUGGGGAAGCUUUGCUUCCUGCCACUUGUUUCUAACAUCUUAGAUGCUGGAUGUAAGGGCUCUGCACUUGGUGUGCUUUGUGGUUACAGAGCUGUCCUGCUGUGCUGCACCUGGGAUCUGCCUGUAGGGCACAUCUCUCCUGACAUAUCCUUAGAGUCCCAGCAGUGUGUCCAGCUGAAGUCUUCCACUGUGACAUGCUGCUUGCUCCAAGGGGGGCUUCUAUUUGUUGUGGCCUCUGCUACUGCAUCUUAUCCCUGGAUGUAUAAUCUCUCUUCUCCUUCCUUUCUUCCUCUCUUUGUAUUUAGAGGCAGAACGUUUCUUUACCUGUCCUGGGGGAAGCAAAAUCAUGGAGAAGAGACUGCAGAAUGACUGGCUAUGGCACAGUGCCUGCUGCUACUGAUGAGCUCUGGCUGCUUUUGCCCUGGUUCAUCUCCUGCACCUCUGCAUCUGAGAAGGAAAUGGGAGGAGCAGAGCAGAGGGAGAAGCAGUACCGGGCCCAUCGUGGAUUUGGAGAUCGCCGCGGUGGAGUUAUCAGUGCCCGCACAUACUUCUAUGCUGAUGAGGCCAAGUGUGACCAGCACAUGGAGACCUUCCUCCGCUGCAUCGAUGCCUCGAGUGGCAGCUCUGAGGACGGCUUCUCGGCCAUCAAGCUGACAGCACUGGGCAGACCCCAGUUCCUGCUGCAGUUCUCAGAGGUGCUGGUGAAGUGGCGGAGGUUUUUCCAUCAAAUGGCUGCUGAGCAGGGCCAGGCUGGGCGAGCAGCACUGGAGACAAAGCUGGAGGUGGAGAAGCUGCAGGAGGCUCUGGCUAACCUCGGCAUUGCGACCAAAGCAGAGAGUCAGCACUGGUUCACAGGCGAGAACCUGGGUGUGAGCGGUACUGUGGACCUGCUGGACUGGAACAGCCUAAUCGACAGCCGCACCAAGAUAUCCAAGCUGCUACUUGUCCCUAACAUGCAGACUGGUCAGCUUGAGCCUCUGCUCUCACGCUUCACUGAGGAGGAGGAUCUGCAGAUGAAACGGAUGCUGCAGAGGAUGGAUGUCCUUGCCAAGAGGGCCACAGAAACUGGUGUGAGGCUCAUGGUGGACGCAGAGCAGACCUACUUCCAGCCAGCCAUCAGCAGACUCACCCUGGAGAUGCAACGUCGUUUCAACAGGGACCGGGCAAUCAUCUUCAACACCUACCAGUGCUACUUGAAGGAGGCUUACGACAAUGUGACUGUGGAUGUGGAGCUGUCACGCCGGGAGGGCUGGCACUUUGGCACCAAGCUGGUCCGUGGUGCCUACAUGGAGCAGGAACGAAACAGAGCUGCCCAGAUCGGCUAUGAGGAUCCCAUCAACCCCACCUAUGAGAAGACCAGUGAGAUGUACCACAGGUGCCUGGACUAUAUCCUGGAAGAGAUCAAGCACAGCUGGAAAGCCAAUGUGAUGGUAGCAUCUCACAAUGAAGACACAGUCAAGUUCACCCUGCGCAGGAUGAUGGAGCUUGGAAUCCAUCCCUCGGAGAAGAAGGUGUACUUUGGGCAGCUGCUGGGCAUGUGCGACCAGAUCACUUUCCCAUUAGGUCAGGCGGGCUUCCCUGUCUACAAGUAUGUGCCUUAUGGCCCGGUGAAUGAGGUGCUCCCCUACCUGUCCAGGAGGGCCCAGGAAAACAGAGGCUUCAUGAAGAGAGCGAACCGAGAGCGGGACCUCCUCUGGAGCGAGUUCAAGAGACGUCUCUUUGCAGGCAGCCUCUUUGGCCCAAACCACUAACUGCCCUGCCCAGUGGGAUCCAGAUGCGGCACUUGGCUCAGCCUGUGCCCACAGGCCUUUGUGUAUAACCACUGUUGCAGUUCCCUUUCCUAGUUCUAGUGUAGUUUUUCACCCAGAGGCCUUUGCCCUAGGCAGAGAUGUGCUCCUGUUGCUGUUUGAACCACGUAUGCCUUCUGGAGGUCGCUGGUGUAGGGCUGCCCUGACUGCCAGCUGGAAAUGCCUAGAGGCAUGUCCCUUCUGCCAUGUGCUUGGCCUGAGCUGCAGCCCUGUGCCUGGGCUGUGUCUGGGGAGUGCAGCUCAGAUGCUGAAGAUCCCCUGCCUUGGUGAAAGUUGUCCAGGUCCUUUGCUAUGGUGAGCUUGAGGGUGGAGGAGCAGCCCCCUGCUUUGUGGCAUGUGCUGAGGUCCAAAGGCCAAGGGCUUAGCUGUCCCCAGCCUUCUCUGAGCCAACAGCAUGGGAUGACCAGGGCCACGUCCUCCAGCUGGAGCUGUAGUUUGACCUGUCUCCUAGCUGCCUCAAUGCAGAUGUAGAAACUGAAGCUGGUGAGAUGACCAUUGGAAGGUCAUAGGUGGACCUGGCAGUGCUGAGCAGGUGCAGGCUGAGGGUGCCUCCUGCCUGUCUGAGGGCAGCUGAUCCCUGGAUACUCACCAGCUUUGCACAAACCUGAGCCAGGCUUGUCUUGAGCAGGGCCAGACUCUUAACCUUAUCCUGCAGGGCUGAGCAGAGCCAAAGGUUCCCAGGGCUGUAGGUCUCUGCAUCUUCCACCCACAGCCUGAACUGUGCCAUGUUGGCCCUCAGGCAUGUGGCUGGGGCAGACUGGGGAGCAAAGCUGGCUUGCAGUAGUCGCCUCAGUGUUCCCGCCCUGCUGGCGGGGGCAGACCUUGGUCAUGGGCACCGCUAUUCUGACGCAAGGCGUACACAGUGCUGUGAGAGCAAGUGCUGUGCCAAACCUGUGUUGUGAGCAGGGGAGGGCCAGGGAGGCUGCAUGCUUCUGCAGGGAGCACCUGGGAGCUGGUCUGGCUAGCUGGCUCUGCCAUACACUGGAUUUGUGGCGAAUAGUGAUUAAAUCACAACUGUUCCCA